UAAAAAGUCAAUCCACCACUGCUUUUCCUCCUCAGCCCUGUCUCUUUCGAUCUCUCUCUCACCUGCCAUUGCUUUCCACCGUCUAUCGAUUCCGGACAGCGCCGUGCUCGAGGCGGGCGUGCUCUCGCCGGCGUCAUGUGUGCUGGCAUUGGCGCCCCUGUCUCUCCCCUGUCUUGGGAUUGUGGCGGCCGCGGAUCGCAUCAUGGCCUCGCGGCGGCGGCGACAGUGACGACGGUGCACCCAUCUGAAUCGACUGAAAAAAGGAAAUACACGAGCACAUCCCCUCCUGAUCUCCUACGGCAUCGCAAGCUAAUCAUGUCGCUGCCAUGGUCGACCCUACCUCUCGAUCUCGCCCGUCGACGCCAUGGAGCACCAGCGAACCCACCGACGAACUCACCAAAGACAGAGAUAGACUCCUGCGUCAUGAUCUCCAGGGCCAAGAUGCAACUCUGCUAGGUUGGAUCGGCGGCAAAGGUCAGCCUCCCAUAUCCAUCUCUUACCCCAGCCUCUCCCUCUCUUCUCUCCGAUCUUGUGUGUCACGUGGCAUUAGGACAUGCGACGCCAGUAGAGCACGCGGCGGUGGUGGCUUGCUAGACGAAACGGAUUUGGGGGUGCGCCAGAAAAGGGCUCCGCUCUGGUUUGUAGGUGAUGAGGUCGACAGGAGAAGUGUUGGCUGGGAGCAGUUAGCGAUUUUCGAAUGGAAACUGAACUGGAAUUUUUGUCUGCGCCGCUUCUUGCAGAUAGUCCAUGAUCUUUUUCACCUUGAAGCACUCUGUGAAUUACACCAGAAUAGCAGCAACAUCAGGCCACUUGAGAGCAGGGGUGUCAUUGGAGUCCUCCUCCCUUAAAUGUUCAGCUCUCGGACAUUGCACCAAUAAUGCUGGAUUAUACCGAUGUGCAGAUUGUAAGUUUCAUAUAUUCAGACUGGGACCUUUCUUCCUCUUAUUUUGCCAUCAAAACUGAAAAAGAGUGAUGCUAAGGCCCCGUUCGGCAACACUCCGCUCAGCCAGGACGGAGCGGAACGCCAGGUUAGCAACUCCCUAUAUUAUAACUACAUGCACUUGCUUGAGAUCUGAUCUAGAACUGAAUUCUGCCCUGCUUUGCUGUAGUCAUAUGCUCUGUGUCCACUUAUGAGUUUCAGAUACAAAUUAGGACCAAAAUUGGAGUAGGUUCAGUCGCGCAAAUGUUGUAUCACUUUGUCAUGGGUAUUGUGAUGCUGAAUUGCUUGUUGGAUUGUUCAAACUAAAGUUGUCCAGUCAGUUUGCUACAAUGUUCAUUUCUGCACUUCAGAAGUUCUGUAGAAUUUGGGCCUGAGCACUUUCGAAUUUGUCUGUGGUUUGAGAUUAAUCUUUCAGAGAUGUUAGAGUGGGUUCAAGGAAGGAUCUUCCCAUCAGUGUGCAGAGGAUCUUCUAAUUUCUGCAGCUAAUCUUGAUUCAUGGACAUUGUGUUUGCUCUGUGGCGAAGUAUGUUUCAGUUUUUUUUUCUGAAAAAUUGACGCUACUUCUGAUUGCUCAAAAUUUAACUUUUGCUGAUAUGCACCGGAGGCAUUAAACCAACUACUUUCUCUGUUAUUUUUAUGUAUUUUGCAUUAUGUUUCAGCUAAUCAGCGAUACUGUUGGAAAUAUGAGCAAUUUACCAAAUGAUUUUAUUAACAGAAAUACUAGAUAAAGCAUGACUAAUAUAGAAGAGAUAAAACAAGUCAUGCGUUCUGACAGAGAGAAGGUAAAUAGCUUCUGCAUAUAUGAACCGUAGCCUAUCAUAUCUAAAGCAGACAGUAUAGCAAGUAGCAUAUAUGAAGUAGAACCUAACAUGUGUAG